GCGGGGCCAUUUUUGGGGCAGUAAGAUCCAGCGAGGAGCCCAAGAGCAAGCGCGCAGCCCGAGAGCUCGAGCCGCCUCCGCCGCGAGACCCCACCCCGGCCGCCGCCGCCUCCGCGCCGCGAGAUCCGCACCGGCCUCCCGAGAGCGAGCCCGGCCGUCGCGACCACCAGCCGCGCUAACCGCCGACCAACCGCCACCGAGGUGCCCGAGAGAGAGCAAAGGAGGCGGCAUGAGCGAGGCCACCAGCACCACCACCACCGCCGCCGCCCUCCCGCAGGCUCCGGCGGAGGCGGCCGCCGCGGUCCCCCAGGACUCCGCGCCCAAGAGCCCGGCGGGCGGCGGUGCGCCCCAGGCCGCUGCCACGGCGCCCGCUGCCCUCGUCGCAGGAAACCCGGGUGGGGACGCGACCCCCACGGGCCCCGCAGCCCCGGCCUCUUCAGCCCCCGCCAGCAGUGAAGACGCGGAGAAAAAAGUUCUCGCCACCAAAGUCCUUGGCACCGUCAAAUGGUUCAACGUCAGAAAUGGAUACGGGUUUAUUAACCGAAAUGACACCAAAGAAGAUGUAUUUGUACAUCAGACCGCCAUCAAGAAGAACAAUCCGCGGAAGUACCUGCGCAGUGUGGGAGAUGGAGAAACUGUAGAGUUUGAUGUGGUUGAAGGAGAGAAGGGUGCUGAAGCAGCCAACGUGACCGGCCCAGACGGAGUUCCUGUAGAAGGGAGCCGCUAUGCUGCGGAUCGGCGCCGUUACAGACGAGGCUACUAUGGCAGACGCCGUGGACCUCCCCGCAACUACGCUGGGGAGGAGGAGGAGGCAGGGAGCGGCAGCAGUGAAGGAUUUGACCCCCCUGCCACUGACGGGCAGUUCUCUGGGGCCCGGAGUCGGCUGCGCCGCCCCCAGUACCGCCCUCAGUACCGCCCUCAGUACCUGCGGCGGUUCCCGCCUUACCACGUGGGACAGACCUUUGACCGCCGCUCACGGGUCUUUCCCCAUCCCAACAGAAUGCAGGCCGGCGAGAUCGGGGAGAUGAAGGACGGCGUCCCGGAGGGAGUGCAGCUACAGGGCCCGGUUCACCGAAAUCCAACUUACCGCCCCAGGUACCGCAGGGGCCCCCCUCGCCCGCGACCUGCCCCAGCCGUGGGAGAGGCUGAAGACAAAGAAAAUCAACAAGCGGCCACUGGUCCAAACCAGCCAUCUGCUCGCCGUGGGUACCGGCGCCCGUACAACUAUCGGCGUCGCCCCCGCCCUCCCAAUGCUCCUUCCCAGGAUGGCAAAGAGACCAAGGCGGGUGAAGUGCCAUCUGAGAACCCUGCUCCAGCCACCGAGCAGAGCAGUGCUGAGUAACACCAGGCUCCUCCGGCACCUUCACCAUCGGCAGGUGACCUAAAGAAUUAAUGAUCAUUCAAAAGUUAAAACAAAAGCAGACCACGACCUUACCAACACCAAAGAAACAUCCAAGCAAUAAAGUGGAAGACUAAUACCCCGAAUGUGGACAUUGGAAUGUUUACAAUUAUUCUUGACAAACCAAAUAAGCACAAAAGGAGAAUGUCAGCCGUGUUUCCAGUGGUUUUUCUGGGAAUGCCUGCACAGAGGAUAAGCGAGCACCUCCCCAGUUUCAGCACCCACUAGGUUUAUAUUUUUUUCCUGGUUUUACUGUUUUGGUGAUAUGAAUUGAAAGAAGAAAUAUUAAUACCACAUGGGGAAAACCCCCAAAGAAAUCUGAAAUAUAUAUAGUAAAUGCUUUUUUUCCCUUUUCUGUUCAUUUUGGAUGCUGGUGCUAAACUUUCAAGUCUCGUGAUUAAAAAAGGAAUUUUAUGCCCUGCUUAUUUAUUUCUAGGAUGAGGGGAGGAUAACAUUUUUUGCUUUCUUAUGUGACUCUCUUUGAAAAUGUGCAGCAUGAAGUUCAUCGAAAAUAAAAUUUUUACCCUUGAAAGGAAAAUGUAUAA